CUUACAUCUGAAGCAACAGCUGACUUCUGAAGGCUCAGGUGGAGUUUCUCUGGUUUCACCUGAGCUCUGGUGACCACAUGAGUGCACAGCGGAAUGAAAAAGACUAAACUAAAAUACAAGAGGUGGUGGUGAACAGCUUACAAAGAUGGACCUGCUUACAAUCUUCUGUCAACUCUUGCUUUUAUGUUUUGACCCAUCUGCGACCACAAGCCUCAUCACAGCGGACAUAUUUGAAGCCAGAGGUCAACGUGUGUGCAAGGCAGGAAAAGGGAGGCCGUGUUACAAGCUGGCCUAUUUCUCUGAGCUCCGGCGGAGGCUGAACUUUGUAGAGGCAGAGCAAGCCUGCAGAAGGGAUGGAGGGCAGCUGCUGAGCGUGGAGUCGGAGUCAGAGCAGAAGAUCAUAGAGCAGCUCAUCACAGAGCUCCGCCCAACUGAUGGAGACUUUUGGAUCGGCCUACGGCGUAACCAUGGAGACGAAAACAGCAGCUUUGACUGCUCUUCACAUUACUACUGGCUGGACGGCAGCAAGUCCACGUUUAGGAACUGGCAUUGGGAUGAGCCAUCAUGUGGCUAUGAGGUGUGUGUGGUAAUGUAUCACCAACCAUCCGCUCCUCCCGGUCUGGGGGGGCUCUACAUGUUCCAGUGGAACGACGACAACUGUGAAACCAAGAACAACUUCAUCUGCAAAUAUACAGCAGAGAAGCAACAGGACCCGUCCCCUCCUCCCAACUCCACUCAAACAAAUGCCCCUUCAUCUGUGCUGCCGUGGAAUCCGAGCAACCACAACCAGGGCAGGAGUACAGCUCUGAAUUUAGUUUACAUCAUCAUUCCCACCAUUCCCCUGAUACUGCUGUUGCUGACAGUGAUCGGAGUCUGCUGCUUCAAACUGCUGGUCAAACGAAGGAGGAAACAGCAGAAAUCAGAAGUAUGCCAGACGGACCCGGGCCUCUGCCCCAGCCCGGCUCCAACUGACGUCUACAACGUGAUUCGCUCCCAGAAAGAGGAUGACCUGGUUUCAGCUCGCCCGAACACCAAAAACACCUCUUUUUUAUGCUCCUCCCCUGACACACCAACAGGCGACUAUGACAACCUUGGGGGUCGUGACACGGAGAGCGGCUUUGUGACGCUUGCCAGCACAGAGAGCUGCUUCCUCAACUUUGACCUCAAUGACCUCAGCCUUGGGCGCCGCACCACCCGCGACUUCUACAACACCAGCUUGGGCCGCUCAGGGAAGAGGGAGUUGAAUGACAGCAGUCUGGGCUCCACCGGACACAGGGAGUUUUAUGACAGGAGUCUAGGUCGGCGUACAACAAAGAGCGAGCAUUAUGGCAGCAGUGUGUACGGGGACCAUGGAUUGUACGAUGGAAGUAUCAGAGGAGGGAGCGACCUCUAUGAUCCCAAACUGAGGCCUGGAAGUCACACAGUAAAAGCCGACCUCUAUCAGACAUACAUCAGCAACGGCAAGGAAGAGACUUACCAAGCCAGCCUCGGAACCUAUGGGGACCGAAAAUCCUACCAAACAAAUCUGGACUGCUACAGAAACGGCCUAAAUCUUGACGGUGGAAGGAGAUACUUCAACGAACAAGAAUGGAUCAACAGAGAAAACUACUGA